AUGUUGAUGGGCUCAAAGCUUCAUGGUGUUCCUGUUUCUGCCACAGAGGCAGUUCCUCCAACAAGUCCAAAGGUCCUUUCUGUUUCUUCCACCUCAGCAACUCUUUCAGGUAUUAGAGCUCCUUUGACUAUUGAUGAUUCUGAUUUUGAAUAUGAUUCAUUUAGUAGCAAUGAGAGUGAUUCUGGGAUUGCGUCUGAUGGGUUCUUGAGUAGUGAAGAUGGGUCUGAAACUGCUGCACCUGAUGGCUCACAGGCUGAGGCUGUUCAGUCUCCUGGAUACCUUGUAAAUGGCCAUUCUGUAGGUGUGACAUCUGGAGGAAGUUCUACAAGUGCUUUGCUGGCAACUGUAGGUCAUGACUUGAACACAAAUGCAUGUCUCUUAGCUGAAAAUUUCAGGAGCAAAAAUCAGAAAACUCAAGUGAUUGAAUGUUCAAAAACAAUUGGUGGUGACUUGAGAUGUAAAGAGGUUCCAACCAGUUUCAGUUUUCAUACUGCUUCCAAGCUUCCUGCUUUGAUUCUUCUUCAAACAAACCAGAUUUGUUGCGGAGAGCUUACGAUCAAAGGGGUACACUUUUGGAAUGUCAAAUCUGAAGACGAAAAAUGCAUACUAUUGGCAGAUCUAAAGAACAAAUCCACUGAAUGGUAUAUCAAAAUAAUAGUAGCUGAGAAGACACCAAUCCGUCGAACCAGAAAAGGAGGCUCAAUUCAAAGAUACGUCUUCGUCGAUAAAGAGGCGGGAUUCAAACAGAGAUGUCAUCGAAGACAUCAUUGCCGACUACAUCAUGAAAAACCACGUCGGAUUUUAGAGUCACCAACUGAUUCUCAGAUCCGAACGAUUAGCCAGGUGAAAAAUUUGACUCAACAGUCAUCAGUGGAGUUAAAAUCAUUUUGGCUAAAAGCUAGAGCAAAGAUUGCCAAAUUAGAUCAGCGUCUUUAUGCCUUCAGCUGUCCUGGUUGUUCAAAAACUUGUGGCCUCUCUGAGCCAAGUGAAUUCACCUGUUUGUACUGCAACACGAAUUAUCCAAACCCAAAUUCAGUCCUUAGAUUUGAACUCCAACUGACAGAUAACAUUGGUUGUCUUCAUGCUACAAUUGAAGAAAAUGAAGCUGAAACAUUGUUGAAAAUGUCAAAAGCUGAUAUCAUUCAAGUUCAACAAACGGAAAACAGGAUCAGCAUACCUGAUCUAAAUCAAAAAUUCGAAGACGUCCAACAAUUCUUCUAUCUGCGGACCAACAAAAGAGUCAGGGAUUCUCUUUAUCCUCGAUAUAAUAUUAUUGCUUCCCUGCCAAUACUUCACUUAUCUUCUGCCAAAUCAGACUCUGAAAAAGAAAGUGUGGCAUCAGACACAGCCAGCAAAAUGUCAAUAGACACUCCAUCACUAGAAGAUGAGGCAACCACAUCAAAACAAGUAGAAGCAAGAACAAUUCCUGCCAAAAGAAUGCUUCAAUCAACUGACAGUCCAUCGUAUGCAAAACAUAUCAAGCAAGAUUAA